GUGUUCCAGAACCUCACCAGGGAUUUUGGGAACACCACAUCCCAUUUCUACGACGAGAGUCUCAAGAGGGUUGACAUCCGAUGAUCUGACUAAUGAUGAAGUUUGCCCUGCGAUGUGUGCCUCAUCACCUCCUAGCUAGCUUUGUAAUUCAGUGUGAGCACAACAUGCCACAGAAGACAACUGCCUCCUUGCUUGUAACCAGGCGAGGAAGGCAUAUAAACAUGGCCGAGUGCCCUCCCUGAUGAAUCUCAUCCCCAACUCCCUGCUCGCUAUCUCUCAUCCCCACAGGAAGUCCCUACUUCCAACUGUUAGCACACAACACGACACCUCCCCAAACAAAAAAUGGCAUCCAACAGCGCCGCGUGGCUCCACAAGGCCAGCACUCCCCUCGAGGUGGGAGAAGCUCCCAUGCCGACGGCCGGCCCCAAUGAACUCGUCAUCCGAAACGCUGCCAUUGCCAUCAACCCACUGGACUGCCACAUGCAGGCCGCUGGCGUCUUUGUCCAGCAGUGGCCCUCUGUCUUUGGCUGCGACGUGGCCGGCGAGGUGCACGAGGUUGGAUCCGAAGUGCAUGAGCGCUUCAAGGUUGGCGACCGUGUCAUUGGACACGCAAUCAACCUGACCACCGGCCGGCCCCAAGACGGCGCCUUCGCCCUAUACACAGUCGUGCCCGCAGACAAAGCCGCCAUCCUCCCAGCCAGCAUCCCCUUCACCGACGGCGUCGUGCUCCCCCUCGCCCUCGAAGCCGCCGUCUGCGCGCUGUCGGUCAAACAGCCCGGCACCGCGCUCCCCAACGUCCCGACCCCGGCCCUCGGCCUGCCCUACCCCUCGCUCACAAAGCCCACGCCCUCUGCGGGCAAGAGCAAGACCCUCGUCGUGUACGGCGGCUCCUCCUCCGUCGGCUCCAUGACCACGCAGCUCGCCACCGCGGCGGGGGUUAGGGUGAUCGCCGUUGCCAGCGCGCGCAAUUUUGAUCUCUGUCGUGCGUGCGGCGCGGCGGCGGUGUUUGACUACCAUGACCCGGGCUUCGUCGACGAGGUCAUUGGAGCAGCCACGGCAGCGGGCGGCGAGUUUGUGGGUGUUUUCGACGCCAUCAGCACACCUGAGACGUACGCUCACAGCUUGGCUAUGCUCGCCAAACUGGGCGGUGGGCAUCUCGCCUGUGUGCACCCCCCGCCGCCGGCCGAGGAUGUCCCGGCGAAUGUACAGGCCGGUAUGAUUUUUGCUGUGGAUGAUGUUGCCACGCCUGUUUGGCGGGAUUAUGUCACGCCGGCGCUGCGGGAGGGCAAGCUCAAGUGUCUGCCGCCGCCGCUCGUGGUGGGGAAGGGCUUGGAGUACAUUCAGGAGGCGUUGGAGAAGUGUGAAGCCGGGGUUAGUGCCACGAAGUUGGUCGUGGAAAUUUAGGGGGUGCUACUGUGUCUAAGGCCGUGUACCUCUGUCAGGCUGAUACAACCCCUACUUUCGAGAUGCAAAUAGCCCCUAUGGUCAAAUUUGAAUUGAAAUUUUAUGCAAUGCUGCUACUGGUUUUGUCUUCAGGGGUAUGUAAACGUAGGUCUUGGAAGCCGCCACGAUUAAUAGGGGGCAGGUUUCAACCCG